AAAGACAAAAUUAAAGAAAGGGAAAAGAAGCAAAAAGAGAAGAAGAAACACAAAAUAAUGAAUGAAAUCAAGAAAGAAAAUGGAGAGAUCAAAUUACUGCAGAAAGGUGGGAAAGAGAAACCAAAAAUGAAUGCAGAAGAGCUACAGAUUAAAAAAGUUAAGAAGAAAAAGAAAAAGAAACAUAAAGAGAAUGAGAAGAGGAAGCGUCCAAAAAUGUACAGCAAAUCCAUUCAGACCAUCUGCUCAGGAUUGGUUUCUGAUAUUGAGGAUCAGGAAGCCAAAGGCAUCAUAGAUGAUCAUCUUAAGGAUUUCAAUGGGAAAAAUUUGGAUCCCAAGAAGGACUGUGAGUCCAAGAUACCAGAGAACAGUGAGUUUCCAUUUGUCUCGUUAAAGGAGCCACGGGUUCAAAAUAAACUCAAAAGGUUGGACACAUUGGAGUUCAAACAGCUGAUUCAUAUUGAGCACCAGCCUAACGGAGGUGCAUCAGUUAUCCAUGCCUACAGUAAUGAACUCUCCCACUUAUCUCCUGUGGAGAUGGAGAGAUUUGCAGAAGAGUUUGUGGGUCUGGUUUUUAGUGAAAAUGAAAACUGUGCAGCUUACUAUGUAAUGGGUAUUGUUCAUGGGGCAGCUACUUAUUUACCUGACUUUUUAGACUACUUUUCAUUUAAUUUUCCCAAUUCACCAGUGAAAAUGGAGAUUUUGGGAAAGAAAGAUAUAGAGACAACGACUAUGUCAAAUUUUCAUGCUCAGGUAAAAAGAACAUACUCUCAUGGUACGUAUAGAGCUGGCCCAAUGAGACAGAUCAGCCUGGUUGGAGCAGUUGAUGAGGAAGUGGGGGAUUACUUCCCUGAAUUCCUUGAUAUGUUGGAAGAAUCACCCUUCUUAAAAUGUACACUGCCAUGGGGAACACUUUCUAGCUUAAAAUUAGAGAGUCGUAAAGACAGUGAUGAUGGUCCCAUUAUGUGGGUACGUCCAGGAGAACAGAUGAUCCCUGUGGCUGACAUGCCAAAGUCACCUUUCAAAAGGAAGAGAACAACCAAUGAAAUAAAAAACUUGCAGUACCUACCUCGAACCAGUGAACCCCGUGAAAUGCUAUUUGAAGACCGGACACGAGCCCAUGCAGAUCACAUAGGACAAGGUUUUGAACGACAGACUACAGCUGCUGUGGGAGUAUUGAAGGCUGUGCACUGUGGAGAGUGGUCUGAGCAGCCUCGUAUAACCAAAGAUGUAAUUUGUUUUCAUGCUGAAGACUUCUUAGAGGUAGUUCAGCGAAUGCAAUUAGAUUUGCAUGAGCCUCCACUCUCACAGUGUGUCCAGUGGGUUGAUGACGCAAAACUUAAUCAACUGCGAAGGGAAGGCAUUCGAUAUGCCAGAAUUCAGUUAUUCGAUAAUGACAUUUAUUUUAUCCCAAGGAAUGUUGUGCACCAGUUUAAAACCGUUUCAGCUGUGUGCAGUUUAGCUUGGCACAUCCGGCUCAAGCUAUAUCAUUCAGAGGAAGAACUUUCUCAAAAUACAAGUACUGUUGAAGCAGGGACCUCUGCAGACCCCAAGUCUUCGGUUGUUGGACUUCAGGCUGACAGCAGAAUUUGUAUGACGAGCAAAAAUACCUCCGAAGACACCAAAUUUUCGGAUGCUCUGCAGACGAAGUAUCUCCAGAAGGAAUUUAUGCCGGUAAAACAUGAACUUAUUGCAUCUCACCGAAUAAAAGAAGAACCUAUGAAUGUUGAUCUGGCUGAAAAGACAGUGGCACCUAAUGAUGUCGGGGGCCAGAACGUUCAGACUAGAUUGGAUCACGUUGAAUUGACGGCAUUUAAGGUGGAAAUGGAUUCUAAAUUUGAACCUGGCAACAAGGACUUACAAGGCAAGUUAUGUCCUGGAGGUCACGUACAUCUAGAUGAUACAAGACAACAUGGUUCAUCAUAUCCAAAACUGCAUGGACAAAGAGAGGAUGAUUUUUUGUGCUAAGUUUGUAUAUAUGGUUUUAAAUUCCUUUUUAAACUUAAUGAUGUAAUAAUGUAAAGAUUCAUAAAUUCUGUGAGGCAAGUUUGUGACUUGCCGUCGCAUCUGUUACAGAAAAUAGUUAUGUAGCUUUGUAACAUUCCUCAGUGCCUGUCCAUAACUGUGAAGUAUCAAAGCACUUAGGGCCAGAUGCACUGUAAACACUGCAGGUUUAACAUAAAGAAGUCUUUAAAUAAUUUUGAGUUGUAGGUUUUAGAGUAGAGCUGACAUUUAACAUAUAUAUUUUUUGUAAGAUGAGCCAGAAUUCUUUUUGACAAUUCCAGGCUUUUCCAUAGAGCUUAUUUAUACCAAUUUUUUCAUUUUAAAUGUGUCAGCACUGUAGUGUAAAUAUCUUUUUUAAAAAAUCUUUUUAGUGUGAUUUAUACUGAAAUGUGAGCCGCUUAAUAAAGGUUCAUAAUAACAGAUUGGUUUUAUUUUUGGGUCUGCAAAAAAUAAUUCAGUUAAACUGCCUCUCUAAAUGGUUAUGUUUCUACCUGCACUAAUGCAUAGGAUGCCCU